AUGAGCUCGGACGAGGAGGAGGUGAAGUUGUAUAGUGCGCUGGAGCGCAACAAGAAGCGCCAGAUGAUGGUAUCGCUUUCGUCGUCAUCCGACGAAGGAGACGACGACGAAGACUUCGAAGACUUUACGAUAUUGGAGACACCCACCAAGAGACGACGACAAAGUGCGUCACCUGCUCAGGCCAAGAACGGCAAGAGUCCAUCUAGAGCAGGGAGGAAACUACUGAAUGACAGUGAUGAAGACGACGAUGAUUUGUACACACCCAAGGAACGUGAGGCAGAACGUUUAAGAAAACUACGAUUGGAACAAGAAAUCCGCCAGAAACUGGAAAAGGACAAGGUACUGAACCAGACGCGAGCCAUUUUGAACAAGGUAUCGACUACAAAACGACAGACGACUGUAAACAACAUGGAAGUCAUCUCGCUUGACUCGGAUUCCGACGAUGAGAGCGACGAAGUUGCCCCAGUUGUACCCGUUGCACCCCCACAACAGCCCGUUGUCGACAAAGGACCGCGGAUCAUUCUGCACAUUCGUUCCAACGGAGGUGCUGUUGACGAGAUUGCCAUUCACAAUAAAGAUACUUUCGAGCAGUUAUACAUGAGUUUUUGCGAGCUGCAUGGACUGCCACGAUCGGCUAUCAAGAUGACACUCGAUGGUGAGGCUCUACCACUUACUGGAACUCCGGCAAGUGAAGAUUUGGAUACAGGUGACAUUAUUGAAGCCAAGGUGGACUUUUCAAAGCAGAACGAGGCCAACAAGAAGAAAUACCUGCGCUUACGCCUUGUGGUGUUUGGCAAGCGGUCGGAGGUCUUCAAGAUUGAUUCGACUGCGACGGUGGCGAAACUGCAUGGGAGCUACUGCCAGCGACAUGGCAUCACCAACCCAGACGAUGUCGUUAUGGGCAUACAAGAUCAACGACUUCAGCUGAGCGAACGCCUUAACUACUACGGACUGAUCGACAAUGACGAGAUUUUGGUGAAAGUCAACAACUACGUGGCUCCACAGCCUCAAUCCCGGACCAUUGACCUCCAGCUCCGAUUCCCGGAAGGUGAUAAGGCUACGCACCAAGUUGUUCCAACCUCAAAGGUUGAAGCUCUGUUAGUAAAGAUCGCAACCGAGAGAGAUUGUGAAGUAUCCAACAUAUCGCUCAUGAUCGACGGAGAGAAAAUGUCAGCAUCACAAACCUUUAAGGACUACGACGUAGAAGGUGGAGAGCUGAUCGAGGUCAAGAUCGUGUCUUGA